UCCUGUGGCUCACUUGUGGUCUUGAAGUUCAUUAGGAGUCGCUGCGGCUCUCAGCGGACGAAGACUUGGUCAGCGUCCUCGCUCCUGACCGCAUCUACUCUACCACAUUGUGGACCAAACUGCUUGUCAACCUCCUGAAGGGUGGUUGGAAAUGGUUCUGCGCGCUUCAGUCCUGACCAUCCUGCUGCCUCUGUUGUGCGCGUCUUCUGCUUGGCCGCAAGCAGCGGCUUCCCACGCAGGAAUGGACAAGAUGGAGGACACCUGGCGGGUGGAAGGCUCAUUGGCGGACACGGCCUUGCUGCCCUGCAAAUUGCCAAUGGCGCUGUCUGCGCCCGCCGCCGAUGAGCAGCUGAGGGUAAAGUGGACUCGCGUCGAGGCCGGCACAGAGAAGGUGGUACUGGUGGCCCAAGGCGGCGCCGUCAAGGUGGGCCAGGACUUCAUGGGCCGCGUGUCGUUGCCCAGUGAUGCGCCUGAGAUGGGCGAGGCAGCACUCGCCGUCACUGGGCUGCGGGCGAGUGACGCCGGACGCUACAAAUGCGAGGUCACGCAAGGGAUGGAGGACAGACGCAGCAGCGCCAUCCUCAGCGUCAGAGGUGUGGUGUUCCAUUACCGGGCCAACACCAGCCGCUAUUCCUUGGACUUCUCGGCCGCAGCGGAAGCUUGUCUCUCGGUGGACGCCGCCAUCGCCACGCCGGAGCAGCUGACGGCCGCCUUCCACGACGGGCUGGACCACUGCGAUGCGGGCUGGCUCGCCGACCGCAGUGUCAGAUAUCCAAUCACACAACCUCGUCCGGGCUGCGAAGGCGAUUUGAAGAGUCGACCCGGCGUGAGGACGUACGGCGUCCAAUUAGCCACUGAGAAAUAUGACGUCUUUUGCUACGUUGAGAAGCUAGACGGGGAAGUCUUCUACCCGCCGUCCAUCAGCGGCAAGCUAACCCUGCAGGAGGCGGCGGCCGAGUGUCGGAAACACGACGCGGUGCUGGCGUCGCCCGGGCAAUUGUUCGCCGCUUGGGCGGCGGGGCUGAACCAAUGCGACUUCGGCUGGCUGUCGGACGGCAGCGUCCGCUACCCCAUCAAUACCCCCUUGCCGCAGUGCGGCGGAGGCCAGCUGGGGGUCCGCACGCUCUACAAGUACGAGAACCAGACGGGGUACCCGGACCCAGAGGACAGGCACGGAGGGUACUGCUUCAAAGUCAAGCUUCCAGAAGCGACGCUAACGAGUCCAACCAGCACCGGAGUGGUACUGCAACCCAGCGCUACUAACGCUCAGCACACUUCACCCGCAUCCCACCCAGUGACAUCCGAGCUUCAAACCAAUCCCGUCACUCCUCCAGCGUCGCACGAUGAUGAUGUCAUCACAGAGAAGCAUCCGACACAGCUGGAGUCGUCGUUUUUCACCACCGCGUCGGCCCUCCACACUACACACGGGAUAUCGGGCGGCGGCGAGUCUGACAGCAGCGACGAAGACUCGCCGAGCGGCGCCGACCCAGAAGCAAAAGGCGUCACUCCAGCGCCGCUUUUCCCCGACGGGAGCGUCACACAUAAAACAGCCUUGGUUUUUAAAGAGGAAGCUUCGCCCGGGAGCUUCAGUGUCGACCAAUCGGUGGCUCUACCCGCCGGCGAGGGCGGGUCCACGGCCAGGCCGCCGCUCCACGUCAUCAUCGUCAACGUGCAUGACAAAAAUCAAUCAGUCGAUCGCAUCCUUCAGCUCCUCAACUCGCCCGCGGGCGAUGCUGUCGUCUUCCCGCAAAUCACCGACCUCACUCAGUCGAUCGGCGAGCUAGUCCACGGCAGCGGGGACCCCGAUGCCGCAGAAGCGCCGUUGCAGGCCAUCAGCUUCAUCAACGGGAAACACAAAGUGACGUUGGACGCGCGGCCGCCGGAGGAGGCGCGAGGGGAUCAGUUUGAGACCGCCGCCCCCAUUCGGGUGUCGGAGGAAGAGGCAAGCGUGAUGCCGUUUGACUACGACGCCUUUGGGGAGGAGCCCGCUGGGGGUCCAGUGACGGACGGUCGCCAUCGAGACUUUCUUUCUUACUUCUCAACGCCAGCAUCACCGACAAGGACCCCCAGCCCCUCCCCCUCGUCCAGGGACACCACCAGGGAAGACAACGGCCUUGCCGGCACCCUCGACGCGUCGCCCGUCAGUACCAACGAGAUGGAACUCGGAGGCUCCGAGGGUCCCUCGUUCGCCUCGGAAACUGAGACACGGGAAGCCAAUGUCCCCACAAAGGAUGACGAGGGGUCCACAUCCGGCCGAGACCACGGCGAGAUGGAGGAGGAGCCAGCCGCGCUGGCACCCAUGCCCCCCGCCCCUGGCGGCUUGAGUGGCGAGCAGCUGUCAGGAAACGGGGAGGCUCAGCCGAACCCUCAGCCCGCCAACCUGCACCAAGAGGAGUCCACGCCAUCCUUUACGGCCCAACAAAAACUCUCCACCGUCACUCCACCCUCGCACACCGUCAGUAACCACGCCGUCCCCCAGUGGGCGCUGAGCCUUGACUCGGCCGCCAACCCAACCCUGCCGGAAGACUUCCUGGACCACGACAGCAAGAUGACUCCCCAGCUGGUGGAGUCGCAGCUCCCCUGGCCCGAAGAGACCAUGGACCAGCCUGACCUGCUGGAGGCCACUUUUAUCAAUGUCACAGACAUCCAGCCGUGCUCUGUGAACGUCUGUCAAAAUGGCGGCUCCUGCUACCGGAGAGGCUCAGAGAGGGUGUGCGCGUGUGCACCGGGAUACACCGGGGGGCGCUGUCAAACAGACGUUGACGAGUGCCAGUCCAACCCAUGUCUCAACGGCGCCACCUGCCUGGACGCAGUCAACGGCUUCUCCUGCCUGUGCCUGCCAAGCUAUACCGGAAAGCUGUGCGAACAAGACACGGCGUCGUGCAGCUCAGGCUGGCACAAGUUCCACUCUCACUGCUACAAACAUUUCCCCCAACGUCGCACUUGGGACGCGGCCGAGCGGGAGUGCCGCCUUCAUGGCGCUCACCUGGCAAGCAUCCUGUCACUGGAAGAGCAACUCUUCGUCAAUCGUUUGGUCGACGACUACCAGUGGAUCGGCCUCAACGACAAAAUGUUUGAGGGAGACUUCCGCUGGAGCGACCACAAUCCGAUGCAAUACGAGCACUGGCGUCCCUACCAGCCCGACAGUUUCUUUGAGAGGGGCGAAGACUGCGUAGUCCUCAUCUGGCACGCCGGCGGCCAGUGGAACGACGUCCCGUGCAAUUACCACCUGGGCUUCACCUGCAAGAAAGGCACAGUGUCAUGCGGGCCGCCACCAGCCGUGAGGGACGCCCGCGUGUUCGGCGCCCCGCGCUCCCGCUACGAGGUCAACGCCUUGACGCGCUACCACUGCAAGGCGGGCUUCAUCCAGAAGCAGACGCCCACCAUCCGCUGCCGUCCCGAUGGGCGAUGGGACGUCCCCAAAGUCAUCUGCAUCAGCCCGGCCACCUAUCGCUUGCAACUUUCGGCCGUCACCCACCGCCACGUCCACCACGCAACCAGUCACCAUGGCGAUCGGCGGCAGAACUACGACGGCCAGCAGAGCUUCUUGAACCCUCUGCUGGAUCUGGAACGAUGACUUUUCACACAUGGCUCCUUUGAGAGGCUCGCUCCAGUGCACUUCGGGAUGGCGCCUUUUGCGACUUUGAUUUUGACUCCCAGGAAUCCUGCGAGGCGCGAGACGAGCCACCCGAGGCCCCACGUCAACCAAUCAGCCGCCGCCGAGGAGACAGCCCACUCACGCGCCUGCUGUGUAAAUUUCAUUUGAAAGUUGCCGACAAUGUUUUGUUUUGUGAUAUAAAGGAUAUGAAGCCAUCCAAAUUUAACUUAUUAUGACUGUGACAUGUGAAUAAUGAUGCAAGAUGUUAACCUUUCACUGAGAUGCAUGGCUAGAAAUCUGCAAGUGCGACGUCAAUAAAGUUAUAACAUGAA